CCUCUAAUAGGAGCCAGUCACAACGGCUCGUCUGCUGCCUACUGUACGGUCGAGAACCUAGGUAGAUUGCAAAAGCGGAGGCAACACUCGAUUGUGCAUACCCUGACGGGCGAAUCAGUAGCUAUACAUAGAAAUGUGCGGCUCAUAAGGGAGUUUGGGAUGAGAAGGCCAUGUGCCUUGGCCCGUCGCGUGCGUCCGCGGGAAUGACUGGGGUGUUUUGGAUUAGCAUUUGUGUCCCCCACCACUCUUCCCCUCUCCACCUGAAAGGGCUGAGGUUUUUGGCGAGGUGAUAAUAAUGAUGCAUGUGUUUCGUAGACAGGUUGGCGGGUUGUCGACGAGGGGUGGGCUUGGAGCAGGAAAAAAAAUCCCGACAAAAGUCUGACAUCCUUUUUUCCAUCCCAUAGUGGACCUCUCGCAUGAGAACCAAGGCUGGUUCCCUGUUCAAGUUGAUUUUGGGCUAGGUUGGCAAGGGAGUAUAUACUCUCUCGGGUAACCACACAGAAAGGAUAACUGGUCGAAUGCUUGCAUUGCGAGUGUGCAAGCUUUCACCUCUUUAGGCCUGACCGUCCGAUAGAGAGCAACAAAGCCAGCCCAGCCAACCGCUACCAAGCGAAAGGGGGAGGUAGUCAGGUUAGACAUCCAAAAGCCAGCGCCUUGCCCUUUUUUAAACAUGGCGUCGACUGUUAUCGUCUCGAGAGCUCCGGCUCCCGUAGAGCUCGAUUCGGACAGCACCGGGGCGACGGUGCCCAUUCUAGGAGCACGCGGCGAUGAGCCGUACUAUUUUGGACUGCCGCCGCCGCCCAUCUCCAGCGAGGGCAGUGGGCGUGGGCGACUGGCGAGGGUGUCUAUGCCGCCAUCAAUGCCAGGGAACAGCGCGCGGGAGGAUGCGGCACGACGAGGCGUCUUUAUGUACACCUACCUCGCCCACGCUGAGCCGCAGGCAGCAGAUGAGGUUGUUGCCGAUCCGAGAAGCGAUGUCAAUGGUGGCGGCAGAAGCAGCAACAGCAUCAACAACGGCCAGAGAACCAGCCGCCGCAUCAGCUCCCGCAAUGACGCUAUCGAGGCGACUACUGCUGCAGCCGCGAGGCUAAACCCGCCCUACCAGAGCCACGACAGGUCCCAGGUCUCUAAAGAUCUUUCGACAGACGCCCGGAGACGUGCCGAGCCCAAUGUCAGUAGGCCGCCGCCGCCGCUGCAGAGUCGCUCGGUCAACAUUCCUUUGAAUGGUUCAGAGGUAAUCAGGCCAAGGCCCGCCGCUCACCAGAGGCACUUCUCAGCCUCAGCCUCACUACCGUCAGCAAACACCGACAAGAAUGACGCUCUGCUUCUAAGGCCCCCGCCACGAUCUCUUCGACCGCAAACUGAAUUGCCACCGACGCGCAGUUCCACGAUGGCGGGUUCGGCGGCCAUGAUCCAAACAGGACAAUCUGGUCCAUAUCCUCGGGAUCAGUUUGCUUCGGGUGGACCUUAUCCACAGGCUAUGCCUUACCAGAAGCAGUCACGGGAGGAGUUCAUGAUGAAGACGGAUCGAUCUUAUGCACGGGCCAGAACUCAGCGCCAGCCCGAAAAUUAUUACGAUCAGCGCCAGCAGACUUUCCCUCACCACUAUCAGGAGCAUAACCGCCCUAAUACUCAAUACGAACAUCGCCCAAACCAGCAUCAUGCUCCUCCAAAAUCACCCAACUUCGCACCCCAAACUAAUCAUCACCAGCAAGGCCCGCCGAGUCCAGGUCGCCAACAAAAUUCUCCGUAUCAGCCGCAUCAGUACCGCUCUCCACACCAGCAACCUCAGGUUCAGCGACUACCAGCGCAAAGACCGCCUGGUUCCGAGAAUCAACAGACACAGCACUAUUCUGACCCGCCGAGGCCAGUCGUGGAGACCCGUGCCAUGACGGACCGUUUUCCAGAAGGCCCGCCGAGGCCGGUGGCGUACAACUUUCCCCGGCGUCUCUCUAGCGCAAACACUGCGUCGUCAGCGACUGCAGGGGUUUCUCACGAUAGUUUUCAGUCGCGUAUGCGCAACCCAAGCUGGGCAAGUCAAACUUCGACAGAAUCUUUCCAUUCGUCACUUGCGAACCCGCCUCCCAUCAACCGAACAGGCCAUUUUCCUCGACAGCAAAUGAAGCCAGGAGAGCUGUUUGCUGCCCUUCCGGGCGAGGUCCUCGAGAUGAUUCUCGACAACCUCAAGCAGCAGCACCUGGAGCCCGGGUCUGCUAGUUGUGCGACUUGCUGGAUGAGAGAUGUCUGCGCAGUGGCAAUGAGCGGGAGGAAGUGGCUCAAAUUUGCCAGGAAUGCUCUCUAUGAGGAUAUCCAGCUUAAUGGAGCCGACUCUGCUGGUCACAAAAAGAAGUACAAGGGUGUUACCGGCACACGUCUGGUUCUCCUGCGACGAUCACUGCGCGCGAACCCAGUUCUCGCAGGCACCGUGCGAUCCCUGAAGGUUCCGGCGCCGUCACAGCAGCAGUCUGUCGAAGAGUACCACAACCUGAUAGCGACCGUAAUCAUGGCAUGUCCCAACCUGGAACGGGUCAGGGGCUUUUAUCCGACCUACAACCACUCAUUUACUCGAUUCUUCCAAGCAAUGUCAUCGAGGCAAAGACUCAAGGAGAUGAAUUGGAUUGUGCAGGCGUCGCCGUUUCAGAGACAGCAGAGAGUGCGGAAGGCACCCGAUGACCAGCUCGGGAGGAACCUUAUCACUCCUGGUGACCUGCAGCCUCAGCAGACGCUCGCAUGGCUCGACAACCAUGCCAACUGGCGCUAUCUCACCAACUUGACAAUUCAUUGCAUUCCCGGCGCUACACUGACACCAUCAACUCUGUUGAUUAACACGAUAGAUCGACUUCCAUCGCUGCAGACAUUGUACCUAUCCGGGCUGCCGCAUAACGCUUUCGGCGACAACGAGCUUCUAUCAUUGCCACCCUUGAAGAAACUGUCCCUGUUCAACCUCCCGGGCAUCACAUCUACCGGAUUAUCGUCGUUUGCAACCUGUUGGAAUAGCCGAAGUCUCAGGUCGCUAUCGUUGGUUCAUUGCGACAUCCAGUGGAUACCAGCCAUGGCUCGCAUGUUUUCUAACCUAUCUUCCCUCGAAAACUUUGCGUUCGUUCAGUCAUACCCGCCCAUGCUACCAUCGGACGAGGUCAUCUGGCUCUUCCCCUACCUGGCCUCAUCAUCCCUGAAAAAGCUUCACUGGGACAUACCUUCGGCGAAAGAGAACGCGAGCGCUGCGGACUUCAUUUUCUCACGCAGCAUCCAGGCCAACGGAUUCCCAGCUCUUCGACGCCUGCGAGCCCCCGCCGACCCUGAAGGGCUGUUCCAGUCUGCAUGCCGCCCACAGGAGAGAUACGAUCUGCCGAGCGAUAGGUUCAAAAACAACAAAUUUGGUGGCCGACCAGCGUUGCAUCAUAAGCGAACUGGAAGUCAGGGUAGCACGGCCAGCUCACAAAACUCGACGGAAUCCGCAAAGUCUAAGAAGGGCUUCCUGUCGCCAAUCAGCCCACAGACUCCUGUAGGAUCCACUACAUCAUCGAGCGAGCAACCACUAUGUACCGAUCUACACCAGGCGCGUCUUGCUGCGCAGGCGCGACAGGAGGCGGCGCGGUUGGCUCCUCGAUUCCUUGUGAACGUAGUGGAUGAUGACGGAUCGAUAGCAGAUCGAUUUGGGCUCGCGGGAUACAUGGGUGACAUCACAUCCAAAAUCAAGUAUCAUCUGCUGCCGGACGAUGGUACUAUUGACGAGAAGGGCGGCCUUGUCGAUGUUGUCGAUCUUCUAGUCGACGGCGGAGAAGAUCUCACGGGCAAUAGCACACUCGCGACUGCCAAGGGGAUCGCCAACGGUGAAGGCGGCAAUCAGGGGCCCGCAACUCUCACCAAAAAAGACAAGGCAAAGGAGAAGAUCGAGGAACCUAGUAGGCUCAAGGAGGGUUGUCAGGGAAGGUGGAACUACGGUGCUGUCACAGAAAAGAAGGACAAGGAGAGGUGGUCGCACACUGAGAGAGGCCGUUGGAGAGGGGUUGUCUUGUCUUGAUAAUUAAGACUUCCCAGAGGAGAGGAUAACGAUAUCAUGAACAUCUGCAUUCUUUUGCAAGCUCCUUUGUUUUUGUCUUUUUCUUUCUUUUGUGCGAUGGAACAUACCUGAGAAACGAGAAACAUUGGUAUUGCCAAUGGCUUACGGGGUCAAAUGUAAGAUUAAGUUAGGAAGAGGUUUGAUUGGGACAAGGCGCCGGAAAUAAUGUACAACACAAGGCUUAAAAUAACAAAAUGACCAACUGAGGAAAUUCGAGUCAAAGAUGAUUGGU